AUGUCGAAGCAGCAGCAGCACCAGUUGCAGCAGCAGCAGCUGCUGCUGCAGCAGCAAGCAAUGGAGGAGGGAGACACGACGCCUCCAGCUUCCCCCGUGGAUGGUGCGGAUAUGGAUCAACAGCUGGAGCAGCAGCAGCAGGAGCAGCAGCAGCAGCAGCCAACUGUCUGCCGUAGACCUGCUGCUUUGUCUCCUUCUGCUCCGAUAUCGCCUCCCCCUCCUCAGCAGCAGCAGCAGCAGCAGCAGGGUGUUCACCAUUCCCUUCCUGAUUAUUCUUUAAAGUCGCUUCCUCCUCCUUCUGCAUGGGAGCUAGACUUCUCAGUUGCAGGGUUUUUGUCGCGGUAUGGAAGCAGCAGCAGCAGCAGCAGCAGCAGCAGCGGUGGCAGUGGGGGUGCAGGGGAUUCUUUAGGGGAGUUGCUGACGCUGUACAGCGACUGGAAGGAGACACCUGCUGUUCGUUUUCGCUUGAUGCUGCACCCUGUCUCCCCAGUAUCAGGGAGCGGAAGAGACAGGAGACAGCUGGGUGCGUUUGUAGAGACAGCUCGUAGAGAGGACUUCCCUCAAGACUGGGCGUUUCAGCACGGCUUACGUUUUUAUAUCUAUGUUCUUCAUCCUCUUGAUUAUAGACAAAGUUUGUUUAAGCAAGAUACUUAUCAUUUCGGUGUAGACGAUGCAGAUAGGGGCUGGCACCACUUUGUCUCUCAUCAAGAGCUUCUUGAAGACAGGUUUUUCGGGGGGCCUUCGGGCUCUACUCUCUUUCUUAGAGCUGGCUGCACUCCUGUAUGUGCUGCAGUCUCGAGGAGGAUAAGAACUCCUUGUCCCCCUGCACCACCUGCUGUUGCUGCUGCUGCUUCUGCUGCUUCUGCUCCUGCUGCUGCUGCUGCUGCUGCGCCUGCGCAAACUUCUGCCGCACUCGUUAAGCGCCAUCAGCACCAGAUGCAUCAUCAACAUCAGCAGCAGCAUCAGCAGCAACAUCAGGGGCACCUUGAGUCUCCGCGUCAGCAAGCAGCAGGAGCUGUUCAGAGUUCUGAGGCCGAUCCUGCUGCUGCUGCUGCUGCUGGAGCAGAAGCAGCAACAGCAACAGGAGGAGCGUCGGACGCCCCUGAAGGAGGAGCAACAGCACCAUCACCACCAGCACCAACAGCAGCAACAGCAACAGCAGCAGCUGCAGCAGCAGCAGCAGCAGGGAGCCUCGGUCGUUGCGGCCGUGGGUAUGUGGGGCUUAGGAACCACGGGGCAACCUGUUAUAUGAAUGCGCUGCUGCAGUCUCUCUACUUUAUUGGGAAGUUUCGUGAGGCUGUCUAUGCUCUGUCUUUUGAUGUACGAAGUACGUGCGGCCCCCGCAGUGUUGAUGUCUUAGAGCGUCGUCGCUGCAGACGCAAGAGAAGCAGAGGCUGCUGCUCAGCUGUGGGGCAGGAGAGGGUGAAGCGCGGAGAGGCCCCGGGGCCUUCAGCAGCAGCAGCAGCAGCAGCAGCUGCUGCUGCUGCUGCUGGGGGAGAGGAAGAUAUAGAAGAGAGGGAUUGCAACGGUAUUAGCUCUCAGCCAGAGGGACUCAUGGAUGUGGAGGGGCAGAGCCCCUCCUCAAGUCUAUCAGAGACAGAGACAGCUGGCGCUCCUGGUGCUGCCGCUGCUGCUGCUGAGGGAGGAGGAGGAGGAGGUGAAGGUAUAGGAGAGGUUGAUGAAGAGACAGGAGAAGGCAUGCUUGAGGAGAGCUCGGAGGAGACAGAUGAAGAUGUAUCAGAGUUAGAAGAGGCCGAAAUACGUGAUUUGCUGCACGAAGAAGAGAAAGGGAGACAGUCCCCUCCUCCUAUAUCUCUAGCUCUUCAGAAUUUAUUUGUAAGGUUGUUUACUGCAAGAGAAGCAGUAGGCUAUAAAGACUUAAUCCGUUCAUUUGGGUGGGAUCCAGCAGAUGCAUUUACACAGCAAGAUACACAUGAGCUGCUGAAGUUGCUGCUAGAUAAAGUAGAAGAACAGAUGAGAGGGACUCCAGCAGAGGGUAGCGUGAAGCGUAUGUUUGAAGGGGAGAUGGAGACAUAUGUAGAGUGUAUAGAUGUGGAUUAUAAGAGUGUAAGAAAGGAGGUGUUUGAGGAUAUAAACUUAGAUGUGCGGGGCUGCUCGGGGGUUAAAGAAAGCCUUAAACGCCUAGUGUCUCCAGAGCUUCUAGAAGGAGACAACGCUUACGAUGCUGAGCAGCACGGCAAACAAACUGCUAAAAAGGGCAUCCGCUUCGUCCGAUUUCCUCCUGUCUGCGUUUUCCUCCUCAAACGGUUUGACUUCGAUUUCGCUAGAAUGGACACGGUUAAGGUCUUCGACAGGUAUGAGUUCGAGAGGGAGUUGGAUCUCGAUGAAUUCUGCGAGGGCGCUGGGGUGUAUACGCUGCAUUCGGUGUCUGUACACCAGGGAGAUGUAAACUCCGGUCAUUACUACUCCUUCUUAAGGCCAGCCCCAGGCACUCAGUGGAUGCGGUUUGAUGAUGAGAAGGUCUAUCAUGUCAGUGAAUAUGCGGCUAUAGGAGACAACUUUGGGGGCGAGGAGUUGGAGUGCUAUAACUACCUGAGGGGUUUGUCUCUUCUCUGGGUGUCUCCUCUCCUUUACGGAGAGAGGAAGCCCCGUACGCGCAACAAACCGUACAAUGCUUACAUCCUUGUCUACGUGAAUCCCCAAAUACUGAAUCGGUGCCGGGCUGAGGAGCAGCUGAGGCGGCUUCGCACUUCGAUUCGAAACGCGCUUGAAAAGACUGUCCGGGUGAAGGUGUAUCAUCCUUUGCAGUUUAAAUAUCGGCCCUUCCUAGAGCUUCCUUAUUUAUCUAUCCCUCCGAUGUUGGAGUUGAAGCAAAGUAGAGAUGAUUUGCUGCAGCAGCUGCAUGCAUCAAUAACGCAUGAAUUGUCUCGAAUGCUGUACGGUGGAGGAGGAGGCCCUCGAGAGGGUGUGGGGCGGAGCAGCAGCGGCGACAAUGCUACCCCUGCAGCAGCAGCAGCAGCAGCAGCAGCAGCAACAGGAGGAGCAGCAGCAGGAUCGCCGCGCAUGCAGUUCGUGCUGCACUUGAUGGGUAGCUCUCCUGAGUCUCCUCGAUUUGAGCCUCUAGAGCUGACACCCAAUUCAUAUUUAGGAGACAUUUUGCGGAGAAAGGGGACAGGUGGAGGGACUGAGAUGGCUUUGUAUAUUUUAGCUGUUCCUGAGCCUUCACUUAUAGGGGGGCCCUCUCAACAUGAUGAGAUAGCUAGAUCUAGGUGUCUCCUUUUCAUUAAGUACUUCUCUGCUUACGCUCGAGCUGCAAGAGAUGUGCAUAUAGACAAGACAGGGCAUGUCGUCUCCAACCAGCAGCAGCAGCAGCAGCAGCAGCUCCAGCAACUGCAGCAGCAACAGCAGAUACUGCUGCAGCAUGGUGCUGCAAGGAAGGAGACAGGAAAAAACUCUGAGGAGGACUUUGUUAUUUGUCUCGACAUUAUUUAUGUCUCCUACGAAUGGAGGGUUCGGGACCUUGAGCCUCAUGUAUACCGCUUAAUUCAUCAGGCUAUGCAAGACGGAGUAAUAGAUGAAGGAUCAGCACGUGCUGCUGAGGUUUCGCGGAUUGUCUCCUUCUUGCCUCUAAAUUUACCUCGUCUUUCUUCUUGCUCUCCUUUCUCUUCUCCUUUGCAGCCCUUCGCUGACCCCACAGCAAAUCACCCGUCAUUACAGUGGACUCAAGGGGUCUCAGCAGCAGCAGCAGCAGCAGCAGAAGCAGCAGGGCCCCUUCCUUCAGGUGUCUCCUCGCUCCAGCUCAGUGCUUGCUUAGAGCUUGAAGCUACAGACAAAAUGCAGAAUAAUCGGCUAACCCCAAGAAAGACACUCCGCAACUCUAGGAUAUUCUCAGGGGAUCUGCUGGUUUACUCUUUAGAUUUACCUGCUGCAGUAGAGAAGUACAGAGAGCAGCAGCAGCAUGUGGGGUGUGGGGCGGAGGAUUUGCUGCCGCUGCAGUCAUACAGUCCCUCUUCUGCAGCAGAAGAGGGACACGCAUGUUUAGAAGCAGCAGCAGCAGCAGCAGCAGCAACAGCAGCAGCAGCAGGCGAGAAUAUCUCUUGCCUUGUACCCUGGGCCGGGGGGCCCCCUAAAGAAGUACGAGGAUUAAGUUUGCUACAGUUUGUCUCUGCUGCACAUGGGGGGUGUAUCCCUCCGUCUCCUCCUCCUCUUCCGCAGCAAAUUGCAAUAGACUUUGUUAAUUUUUGUACAGAUCUUCAGACAACAGAAAUAUAUCAUGUUCGUCUCUACGAUCCCUUCGAGUUUUUGGGGAAGGUGAUGUCUUCAUCGGGGUGUCUGCUGGCUUCUCCUUCUUUUGCUUCUUUUUCGGGUGUAGAGACAUCUUGUAGUUUAUUAUCUGAGAACUCUGUGGGUUCAAUGGGGCUUAUUGAAGGGGGCUGCAUGCAAGGAGGUGAGGAGACACCUGGAGUGUCUCCUUUGCUGCCGCAGCACCCCACAGCAGGCAGCGCAGCAACACUGGCCCCUCUUAGCGAGAGCAGCAGCAAAGAGAAUAUCGGGUUCAAACCAAAAGCUGAGGAGACACCUGAGGAGACCCUUCCUUCUCCUCCUAUUACAGAAGACAUUUGGCUGCAUAUGCCUAAGACAAAACCUAUUUGCAUUAAGGAGUUCUCUCUUAACGGAAGGCUCCCCGCCAGACGCGCGCUGCAGUGGAUCGCGUGGCACUUCGGAGUCGACCCGUGUCAGUUGCUGCUGUUUCCUGAGCCUCCUCUUUUAUCUUCACGAAAGGUGGUGCCUCUUGAUAUAGAUGCGCUGCUUGUCUCUUCUUCGGAUGUCUCCUGGGAGCAGCAGCAGCAGCAGCAGCAGCAGAUGAUGCUUGUGCAAAGGGGAGACAGAGAGACACCCUCUAAGAAGCAACUCACCCUCGAUGAGCUGUAUAUGCAGCUUCAGGCAGCGCAGUCUUGGCCCGGGUGUCUGGACAGGAGGAGAACUCUUGCUGCAGCAACAGCAGCAGCAGCAACAGCAGCAGCAGGUGCACCAGGAGCAGCAGCAGCAGCAGCAGCACGGCUACCUCGCGAGCUUCAUUUGUGUCUCCUGCCCGGCCACUUCCGUCUAUAUUCGCGUAUUAUCAACACCUCGGCUUUGCCUACGCAGCAGCAGCAGCAGCUGCAGCAGCUGCUGCUGCCGUCUCCUGUACCUGCUGCUGCUUCUCUAAAUGCGUCUCCCCCUCCUCUCCCCUCUACUGUCUUCACAUAUAUUUGUCUCGUCUUCUCCAGACAAGUUGAGCGCAUUGGCUGCGUCUUGGGGCAUAUUGCUGCAUGCAGCCCCGAAGGGAGGCCCCACACCGUAGCAGAUUUAAAGAGAGAUCUCCUCGCUCGCCUGUCUCCUUCAACUCUUCACAUGCUGAGACAAGACUUCUUAAACAGCAGCAGCAGCAGCAGCAGCACUACCACCAGCAGCAGCAGCGGUAGCAGCACGGUCCAUUCCAACAGGAACGCUGCAGCAACCCAAGCAGCAGCAGCAACAGCAGCAGCAGCAGCAGCAAACGAAGACAAGACAGAGGCAAAAGGCAUGCAAGAGGAGUUGGGGCCCCUCCGACUGUCUAUCUCUGAUUGCGCUCACCUUCUGAGGAUACCGAUGACAGAAGAAAUAUCCUGGCUUACGCACUAUGCUUCUGCCUCCCCAACUCGCAGCAGAGAGGGAAUAUCAAAUCUCUUAGCAGUGCCUUUUCGCUUGGAAGCUGACUAUACACCUGAAGAAAAAGAACUCAUUCGCACAGGGGCAAGACAGGUGCUGUUGGUGCAGCACCAAACGCCUGGGGACCGCGAGCCCUUUGGCUAUCCUUUUGAAAUCCUUGUAGAGGUAAACAGCAGCAGCAGCAGCAGCAGCAACAGCAGCAACAACAGCAGCAGCAGCAGCAACAGCAGCAGCAGCAGUAGCAGCAGUCACAGGAUAUAUUAA